UACUUCAUGGUGCCCGCGUCACUCAGCACGGAAGGCUCAGGCCGUGGUGGUGGUGGUGGUGGUGGUGGUGGUGGUGGUUCUGACUCCUUCCCUUUCGCUUUCAUGGAACCAUAUUCUGAAACACUUUUAUCCGCACCUCCACUAUUCUCAAAAGGCCCUAAUUUAAGUUACACGGGUUUCUAAAGGUGUUUUUAUGAUUCAAGUGAGUAGAAUAACAAGAUUUCUUCUAUUAACGGGAGAAACUCUCUGCGGCCUUUGAAAACAGUCGUGGUGAGAGAGCAGAACGUUUCUCAGUACGGGCCUAGUGAUCUUGAAAUGAAGUCUUUCCCCGUGGAUGCCCCUUCACGUAGGCUCUGGUCGCUACUUUCCCACCAGCCUUCACAUGCUGCUGUGUAUGAAGGGAGCCUCAUGGUAUGUCUCUUGCAACGCCCCGGCUGCCGUCUCUCCACGCGGCCUUUUCCCUUCCAUCGCAAUUCUCUUGUCGCCGUCUCCCUUUAUAGCUUACCUUACCCUGAGCUUGGAGACGCAUAGAGCUAAGAUAAAUGCAUCCUAUAUAAAUAAGAGCCACGAUGCGAAUACUCGUAGUUAUAACAAGGACUACAGUAUCAAGGUAAUUUACGUGGAUAAUAAUUAACUUUGCUUCUGUAUAUUGAAUUACGCAGCGAAGAAGCGGUCAUCAGUGGCGUUGUGGCUACAUUCGUGAGGAAGAGGCAGUGGCUGUCUUGUACAAGAGGCUGGCGGGGAUCAGGGAAGAAUCAGGAUUUGGACUUGGGAAGAAGGUAAUAGCAAAGCGCGCCUUGAGAAAGCCAUGCGUUUCAGUUUAAAUUUAAACGUUGAGCGUUUAGAAUUUUUGUUUUCGGAUUAUCAAAGAGGAAAGUUUUGAACGAACCGAAGGAAGAUUUAGACUGUUACUCUAGAGAAAAUGAUAGAAAGUCCCAGUACUUAAGAAAGAGAGAGAGAGAGAGAGAGAGAGAGAGAGAGAGAGAGAGAGAGAGAAUCAUAACAUUUAAUGUAAUUGAAAUAUACUCGUACACCUAGCAGGUUUUUCCACGUUAUUUAUAUCACUCGGUGCUUCGGUGCUUACGUCAGUGUGUGUACAAGGUCUGGCAGGAAGCUUCCGUUGCCGCUUUUAAACAAGCACGACACAGGACUAAAGAACGACUACUAGCGUUAACAUUUACUUUUGACUCUUUUAUUUAGUUUUCAAACAUUUUCUGUCCCUGCCUCAAUAAUCGUUGGUACGAGUACACGUUGCUGUGUCAUCCAUCAAAGAAGUUCCAUGUAACAUCUCCGAAUCUAAUCUGGGCUCUAUUUUCGACUCUCUACCAUGGUUGUGUACUUCUUUCUUUACUAGUUUGAUUACUAAUUGUUUUAUUUAGGAUCGACAAGGUAGCAAGUUUCUUUUUUAUUUUUUUCUUCUUUUUUUGUGUCUGGCUGGCGUCCUAGACGCAUAAAAAAAAAAGGGAAAAAAAUCCACUACCCUAAAAGAUCUCUUCAUGAAAGUUUUCCCUCUAAAUAAUUCUCCCUGCGAUAAACUACCCCCCACAACUACACCUAACCUAACAACCCAUCAUAAUCUUAUACAUCAGGGCAGAAAUUAUUGUGAAUGGAAUCUUGCCGUUGGAAUAUUCAUGGGUGUAAUUUACCUGGGGAGGGACACUCAGGCGCCUCACGCCAUGGAGGUGGCUGGUGCCCACCGGGACACCGUGGCGUGUACAAACAUUACCUGCUGGGUGACGCGGCGCGCGCUGGAUCCUGUUGUUGUGCUGGUGGUGCAGCUUGGAAUCCCCACGAGCUACGUGACUGAUGACUACACUUCCUGGGGAAUUCUUAUCAUCACUUGUGUUUUGACUUCUUCGUUUGUAUAUAGGAAGGUGCGUACAAGAACAGCACUACGUAGAUCUAAAUGACAGGGCAAUGAUUUUUUUUUUUUUUUAAAGGAUGUGAAAGAAGUUUAUUUUAUUACAGGAUAUGACAUCAUUAAUAUAGACGACGAUUUCAACUUACCUAUCAAACAUCAGCAGGAGCAACAUUUUAGAUUGUUAGUUAACAAUUGAAGUUGAAUUAAACUUUGAAUUACGUUGUUGAUAUAUGGAACAGUCUUGAUAAGCAUAUUGUACUUUAGAUAGCAUUACUAUUGCAACGUUUAAAACUAAUUAGAGCAAUGGCUUGAAACUAGUCCACAUCUCGUCUUUUUUAUCUCACAACCGAUAAAUAGAUAGAUAAAUAAAAUUAAUAAAAAUAGUAUCUCUGGAGAUGCCUAUGUCUUCUUAAACGUGCAACGUUAAUUAAGUACACCACACUGCUACCCCGUGUAGGACAUCCCGUAGGCUUCCCUUCUUUGAUAACAAUUUUUCAUUCCCUAUGUAACCCCUUCUAUCCUCCUUCUUGUUGUCUUCUUCAUCGAGACUCCUUUCCGAUCUUACAUGCCUUCCGCCUUCCUGCCUUCCUGUUGCUUUCAACCUUUCCUGAGUUUCUUUCGACUUCCUUUCUUACUUCUACCUUCAUAUUGCUAUCUUUCCUUCAGUAUGUACGGAUCUUCUCUGCCUGCCUUCCAUACGCCUUCAUGUUUCUCUCUUUUCUCAAGUAUCUUCACACGUCCUGUGCCUUCCUUUUUCCUUCCUGUGAUUUUCUCCCUUCCUAGUUUGCACGGAUCUUCUCUGCUUUCCUUCCAUUCUUCAUCAUGUUACUGUCUUUUCUCGAGUAUUUUCCCACGUCCUACGCCUUCCUUUUUCCUUCCAGUUACUUUCUUCCGUGGUAAUGCACUCCUACACACUCCCUAACACCUUGGUGGGGGUCAUCGAGGAUCUCUAGGUACUCAAACACCCUGACGCCCUCUCGCUUUGAGGUCAAAAUUAUUCAUGGCGUGACAAACAGACUUGUCAUCCAAAUAUCGAUCUUUGUAGUAUAUUUUUCCGUCCGUAAAGUAAUAUGCGAAGUCGUCGUCGUUUUGUGCGCGAGAAAUUCAUGAUUUAUCUCUGGUUCUACACUCAAGUAAAUAUCUGUGAUUUUUUCUUUGUGUUUCAAUGUGUGUGUGUGUGUGUUUUUCUGCGUGUGUUAUGUUUACCCGAAGAACAAACACACACACACACACACACACACACACACACACACACAAACUUAUACUACAUACCCAUAAAUUCUAAUAUUGAAAAAAAAAAAGUUAUAAAAGUUACUCAAUAUUCUUUCUCUUCCUGUGCUUGGUGGUGUCAGCAGGUAAAAGUUUCAGUCCAGGUGAGAGGUAGUCGAGCGGAGCGGACGUGAUGUUUGUAUCUGGGCGAGGAGCAGCGGGGCCGCCUCGUGUGGUGUUGAUGGUGGUGGUUGCUAUCCUUGUUGGUGUUUCCGCAGCCUCCACGCAAGGAUCACUUACAGGAGCCGGCAUCACCCUUCAGGCUGACGGCGUCCCCACCAACCUGUCGGCGGCGUUUUGGGUGGGUGGGGAGGUGCCUGACAUGACGGAGGUAUCGGUGUGUGUUUGCCUCAAGUUUCUGCGAGGAAGGGCUAACUAUGAUACCCUUGUCAGCUACGCCACUUCGAACAACACCAAUGAACUGUAUAUAGGCUUCGCGUAUCCUUCCCGCCUGUUCGAAGCCUGGUGGGGCUUCACUCUCAUGGCUCGCGCUGAAGUCACCAGCGACAUCCUGCGGUGGUGGAGGCUGUGCUACGUGCACAACUUCACCACGCACUCCUAUACUAUCUUCUGGAACGACAAAGUGUACACCGGCACCUCACGAGGCCCAGAGGCGCUGAGCGGCGGCGGCAUCUUCGUAUUGGGCCAAGACCAAGACAGCCUGGGUGGGGGGUUUGCCUUCUCCCAGAGCCUCAACGCGGUGCUGGGGGACUUCCGCCUGUACACGCGGGCGGUGACUGAACAAGAAGCCGUCGAUUACACGAGCUGCCGCCCCACCAACCACGAGCCUAAGCCACUCAUAGAUUUCACGGACAUCAUGAAGGACUGGAGGCUGGAGGGCUCGGUGGAAAUCGGGGAGGUGAACAUGUCUGAGGUGUGUCAGGAGGAGUCUGUCUUCCACCUCGUGUUCCCUGAAAAACGGAUCUUCUCCCAGACCGCCGCGUUGUGUGAGAGUGUGGGUGGGAGCGUGGCGGCUCCCGCCACACCCGAGGAGAACCAGCGCAUCCUUGUCUCCGUGACCCCCUUCACGGAACAGUGCCUGGAUCCAGCAGGCGUGGUGGUGUACCUGGGGUUCAAAGCCAACCCAGAGAAGCGCACCCUGACCCACUACAGCACAGGCCGGGUUGCGCAGUACACCAACGUCACGUCCUCCUACAACACUGGCUACCACUGCCUAGGUUUCAUGAUCAUCACGGGGGUGCAGGCCAGCUGGCUACAGAUGCGCUGCCUCGACGAGUUAUGUACACUGUGUGCCUUCCACGGUGUUAGUCGCCUCAAGCUGCGAGGGCUGUGCGAGAUGUCGCUUUUCGACACAACCUAUCUAGUAGUGGGCGGCGCCGUGACGGGCAAACCCAUCUUGAAGGGCCACGACUACUCCCUGCUGCAGUGGGAAGGCGACACCUGGACACUGCUCUACCUGCCGGAUGGAGGGACAGCCAAGGCCACCAUGAUCCGCACUUUCCCCGAUCAGUACCCGGUGGGACGGCGAGACUGGCGAGUGGAAGGGGACCGUUGUCCUCCACCCAAGGGAGCUGUCUACACGCCCCUCGUCCUCUCCGCUUGCCAGCGCGAGCAGUUCACUUGCGACGACGGAUCUUGCGUCAGCAUCACCCAGCGCUGCGACCUGCUCACCGACUGCCCUGAUUUCAGCGAUGAGAUGGACUGCCACAUCGUGCAGGACUCAGGGUCGUACAUGUCAGAGCUGCCGCCCCCGCUGCGUGAUGGCUCUCCCGUCCCCAUCUCCCUCAUGGCCAACAUCACUUCCAUGGGGGACUUCUCUCUCCUCGACCUUCGGAUCUCCUUUGACCUCAUUCUCAUCUUCGUCUGGAGGGACUCAAGACUCACUUUCGCUCACCUUAAGGAAAACACAGACCUCAACCGUGUGCGGAGAGCCGCUCGAGUGUGGCGCCCUGAGGUGUUCCUGGAGGACGGCUCGGGCAGCAGAGUGGACCUGGAGGAGUACGACACCAGGACGCUCGUGCGCCGCACCUCACAGCCGCUGCCGGACCACUUCACCAGGCUCAAGGAGGACGAGCACUUCAAGGGCGCGGACAAUGACCUGGUGGAGCAGCGAACCCUCACGGUGCGGUCGGCGUGCCAGUUUGACCUGUCCAUGUACCCUUUCGACGUGCAGGCGUGCAGGGUGGUGGUGCGCUCCGUGCUGGGCGUACGCAGCCUCUCUCUACUGUCCGAGGGCGUGCAUUUCCUGGGGAGCCGCCGCCUGCUGGAGUACUACGUGAGGGAGGUGCGAGCUGAGGGCGGCCAUAGAGAAGGACUCUCGCACGUCACGCUUCACUUCACCUUCUACAACCUCUUCAAGUAUUACAUUUGUGGCACGUACGUCCCCACCACCCUGUUACUGUCCAUCACGCACCUCACCUUCUUCUUCCACCUGGACGACUUCACCAACCGCGUCAUGGUGUCCCUCACGGCCCUCAUGGUGAUGUCCACGCUCUUCUUGCAGACCAACCAGGCCAUGCCCCGCACAGCAUACCUCAAGCUGGUGGACAUCUGGUUUGUGUUCUGCAUCGUCAUGAACUUCUCAGUCGUGCUCUUAGUGGUGGUGAUCGACUACCUGAAGGAAGCGUCGCGCGGGACUCAGAUAGUGCCCGUUAGACCCUUCGUGGGCAAGGGCAAGGCGUCCCACCGUCCUCUGGUCAGCAUGUUGAACGCAUCCAUCUUUCUCAACACCUGCGGGAGGGUUGGUGUUCCCAUUGUGUACUUCACCUUCGUCUCCGUGUACUUCGGCUACACCAUCACCAAUAGAAAGGUCACAUGAGAAGCAGGCGAGUAAAGACGCUUCUGUGUCAUGUGAUGCUGGAUUGUCAAACGUUUCAGCGUCUCGUCUCGACUAUUUCCACUUUCAACAGACUUCAACAGAUGUUAUUGGUGUUUUCAAAGGUGAUUUCAUGAUUCAAGUAAUUCAAGUGAUUAAUAGGAAAAAUGCCCAUAAAAUCUCUAUAAGCAUCUUUGUGAUCUUUAAAAAUGGUCCUAGUGAGAGCCUAAAGCUUUUUCAAACACGUGUUCAUUAAUUGCAAAUGUCUUCAGAAUCCGUGCUCUGAAACGCAUUGUUCUCUCAUAAGGACCAUUCUUAAAAGUCGCAUAUUAUUAAUCAGGUUCUCAUGGGUGAUUUUUUACACUGAUAGUACAGAAUCUUUGUUAAAAUAUUACUGAGAUUAUAAAACCCCUCGCAAAACCUUAAUUUCUACUAAAGACUGCUGAAAUAGUCGAUUUGAGGAGUCGAAAAGUUUGAUACUGAAUUGUGGCGUAACUAGUUAUUAUAAUGUCCGUGGUAGAAGUUAUCAACCAUCUGGCUGCCAAUGUCAUGCCAUUGAGCAGCCACCUAUGAUUUUACUCACCAAGAAUUAAAACUACUACUACUAAAAGAUUUGAAUACUUGAUCACUUCGUUUGCUCUCAGUGGUGUUUCAAAAUUAUACUCUGAAUCUGCGUCAGACCUUUUAAUUAAGCUCAAUACGCCAUAGCAGUGAAAUAGUUAAGUAUCUUGAGUUGAGAGGCAUUAUUAUUCAUUAAUUUACUCUUACAUGCAGCGAUAACAUUGAAAUGCUGUUACUUGCUUGAGACCAUAUUCUGAAACGCUUCUGUCCGCACCUCGAUUGCUUUCAAAAGGCUCCAGUUGAAGUUACACGGAUUUUUACAGUUCUAGUGACAGAUUGAUAAUGUUUUUACAUUAUUAACAUGAGAAACACACUGAGAACCCGGCUGAUAUUUUCUGUGGCUUGGAAAAUAGUUGUGGUGAGAGAGAGAAGCGUUUCUGAAUACGAGCCUUGGUUUUCCCGUCACGUCAGCUUCUUGUUUCCUUUGGGUCAGAGAUCUAGAGUUGGUCAUAUUUAGCGUGUCACAUUUUAAAACUUGGGCAGCAGAGUCACAAAUAUUUACUUAGACAAGAGUGUAGUAAAUGUGGUUCAUGUUGUGAAUCACAAAUAUGAUACAAUUAAAAGUGGCAGUGUAGUAAAUAUAGUUCAUGUGAAUCACAACUAUGGUACAAUUAAAAGUGGCAGUGUAGUAAAUAUAGUUCAUGUGAAUCACAACUAUGGUACAAUUAAAAUUGGCAGGGUAAUCCCCUCGAUGUAAAAACCAGCGAAGAAAAACGUGUCCAGUAAAAUAGAUAGACCUCUUGCUUCCUUUGAAAGUUGUGUUUGACUGGGAUGAGCAUGUACGUACGUUUGGAUCUAUUUUUUGUUCACAACUAUGGUACAAUAAAGAUAGCAGGGUAUGUAAAAACCGGCGAAGAAAAACGCGUCCAGUAAAAUAGAUCCCUUGCUUGUUCUAAAAGUUAAGAAGUCUGAUUGACUGGGAUGAGUUUACGUUUGCGUCUUUUUUUUUUUUUUUGUUGCAAUUGUUUACGUCCGUCAUUUAUGCACACGAUUUAAGUUGCAAGUUUUUUAUUCCUCAGCAUAAUGUUAAACUGCCGUGUGUGCUGUUCUCUUUCUUCACUCACCAAUCACAGUGGAGCUGAUAUUAUAGAAAUGCGAUAUUGUCAUCUUAAAUAAAAUAAUAGUCACUCUACAAUAGUUAUCUUUAUCAUGUGUAAGGGAAAAAACCAUACGAGAGGCAGAGUAUUAUAUAUUCAUCAUUUACCAUUGUGAAUCAUUACCAUUAUCAGUAUCUUUAUCAUCAUCAUUCUACAACUCUUCCAUUAUCAUUAUCAUCAUCAGCAUCCAACAACACGUUCUCAUUAUCAUUCUCUCAUUAUUAUUAUCAACAUCCUUAUCACCAGCAACAUCCUGUAACACUUCCCAUCACUUCUUUAUGUUGGCCAUCGUCAAGUGGUCUCGGGGUUCCUUGGCGGCGGCAGUGAUGGGAAGUGAGGCUCUCCGGGUGGGUGUGAUGUAGCACUAGUUAUUAUAGUACCUAGUGAACCAAUUCCAAAAGCCAUGGGAGCCAUAGGGGCGCCAGCUGUAUAUACCCCUUCCCCCGCCACACGCAGCAGGCUUCUCCCCCUUGUAAGCAUCGCACACCACUUUCUUGAGGUCCUUCUCCGCCUCUGUCUGUUGGUUGUCGGUGUAGGCCUGGCGAGAGAAGAGGCGGCAAAGUAAAAGUGAGCGGGAAAGAUUGGUACUCUUAGUGAUGUGUGAAGGGUAAAAAACGCUGUAAUAAUUAUACGAGUUGUAUAUGAACGGUAGAGUUAUGUUGUUUAAGGUAUAGGAAGGAUAAACCAGUUCGAAUUAUCUAAAAGUGAUGUAUGAAGGGUAAUAAUUAAGAUGAUAUGAAAUAAGAAGCAUAGAGUAUUAGAAUCAUGCCUAGUGGUGAUGAAGGAUAAAGUUGGAAUUAGCUUCAUGAUGGAGAGUAAAGACCGCUAACGAUGCCGGAUGUAGGGGAAGCGUAGAUAAAACGAUAUUAAUAGUGGCUGAUAAAAAUAAAGAAUAAUACUAUGGGAGAAAUAAAGAAUGUGUUAGAUUAUCAAAUCAACCUUUUUUUUUUUUUCCCUCUCCCAUUCAAAAUAUGAAGGAAAUCAGGAACAAAUACCCUUUAGACUUUCUGAAUAAGUGCUUAUUUGCUACAUGAGAGAAUGGUUUGUUUAAUAUCUGAGCAGGGGAGGGAAGCGCCGCCACACUCACGUCAUUGAUCAUGAUCCAGGGUACGUAGUGGAGGUCUGGGGCGGCGGUUCUCUGCUUGACGCCCACCUCGUGAAGCAGGCGGCGCCCCUCUGAUGACGCGUAGCACCGCUGGAUCGGGGCGAAGUCAAUCCCGUGCUUCUCGGCGCACUGCAGAGAGAGGGAGUCGUUAACUAUCGUAAUGACUGCUACGAUCGUAUUCUCAAAAGUCUUGGUAUUUCAUAUCAACUACUAGUGGAGAUUAUUAGUUUCCAUUGGUGUUUCACAGGUUGUAGUGAUAAUUUAACAAAGAUUUUAUAUAAUCAACGUAAUGAAACACCCCAUCAGUGUGAAAGAAAAAAAACUUGUGAAAACCCGUCUGAUCUCUCUGGACCAAUCUUUUGAAAAUAAAGGCAAUUGUUUAGAAGAUUUAUGAGGUAUCAGCCAUCCAUGCUACUUAUUGAGUGAAUAAGGCUAAGUUAGGUUACAUUAAUUCAUAUUUCUUUAGAAUAGUUUGGGUUAGUUUUGAAGUAACUCAACCUAGCACAGCAAAAUCUGAAAUAACUAGCUGGCUGAUCUUCGUAAAACUACUGAUAUUUGCUUGGAUAUUUGUUGCAUCAUUUUCUUAAAACUACUGAUAUUUACUUUGAUAUUUGUUACAUUAUCUUCGUAAAACUGCUGAUAUUUGCUUACAUAUGAUUUUUUUUUUUUUUUUUUUUUUUAUUGUGGGUGGUGGAGGAAAUCGUGGCUGCCUUUAUCUCACCACUUGAUUGACUGGCCGGCAUCGUGUCAGGUGGUGGCAGAGUGUCGGGGGAGUCUUAUCAUGUUACCUGAGCGUACUCGAUGUAAAUUUGUUCUUAAUUCGAUUGUAAUUAGUGCCAGUCUGAACUAUGUUUUGUUAAUGUGAAUUGUAAAGAUGUCACCACUACCAAGAUAUUUAGUUUGUGAAAUGUAAUAACAGUAAACAUGUGGUGAAGCAGAAGCAGUUUAGUAUCUUAUCUGCUGCGUCCCGUGUUUCCUCCCAUCACCUCAUUCCACUCACGUGUCUGUUACUUAACCUUUGUACACUGUUGCUUCCUGUAAUUUUUUUUCUUUUUAAUUUCAAUACUACUACUACUACUACUACUACUACUACUACUGCUGCUGAAGUGAGGUAGGUAACUUGUAAUUUAGACCAUUCAUUACUGUUUAUAACUCCCAGCUAUGUAUUUUAAAAACGUUGUUUUCCCUCGUGAGAACUUUUUUCUAGGGUCGUAGAUGACAAGUUGGAUCUCAUGGGUGUUUUCCAUGUAAUGUAGAAUCCAUACUAAAUUGCCACUAGAAUUAUGAAAACGCACUUGGAAAACUCGCAAACUUCCACUAGAGCCCGUUAAAAAAUAGUCAAGAGGAGACGACUGAAGUUUCGAGAAUGUGGUUCCCGAGUUAACCCUUUGACUGCCACUUGGUAUACCUUUCCCUAAUUAAUCACUCUGAGACAUCUUUUCUUAUUCUACAGCCACAUCCAAUCUUUGAACGGGGAAGAAAUUGCUAAAUGUGUUCAUUUUCAUCGCUAACUUUUUUGUAGAUGUUUAUAAAGACUUCACGCAUUGCACCUGGGGCUGCUAAUUGUUUCGUGUCGCAGUGCCACAUUGUGUGACACUGCCAACAACACUCACGUCCUACGUUUGGUGGAACUGAUAAUGCAUAGUGUAUGAUUAUGGUGGCUAAACUCAAGAUAAUGAGGCCUCGUAUCUAAACCUAAUGGCAUUGUUGAUAAUAGACCGGUGGCGCUAGUACCACAGCAGGGCGCCAUGUUCUUUCGCCGCGCUAAUCAUGGCAAAAGAAAGAAAAAAAUAAAUAACUCGCUAGUAAUGCGCUGUGAGCAGCUACACGUUAACACACCUGCGGGCCAGCAGCGGCGGCCGUGAACACCGUCAUGACGCAGUUAGUGAAGGCCAUGAACAAGUCUUCGCUCUGGAUCAGCUUCUUGGCGCAAGCGAUCAUCAUGUUGCCCUCGCACUCAUCGGGGCCGUGCUGGCAUACGAAGAUGUAGGAAUCUCCGAUGGCAUAGUCCUGUUAAGGGUUAGAGAAAUUCUUACUGUGCUAUGAAGAUCCUGGACUUCCUUUUUUUUUCUCUCUCUCUUGGUGCGUGGACUGCAGGAAGAUUGUUAAUGCUGCAACUCGGGAUAAAAAUGGCAGUGCAUGCAUACCAUUAACUGUCUUUCUUCUGCAUUAUAAUCACUUUCAUAA